AACAUUAUAAUUUGGCAAGUUCCGGUUAGGACCGGAUGUCACGUGAUUGCAGCAAUCAAGAAGCAUUAACCAGGUGGGUUCAAUUCGCGCCUCUUCCAAACAGCUCUAACAGCACACAGCCUGGUUGUGUGGCGCUCUCUGACCAGCGAUGGAUUACGCUAUCAAGUCUCUCAGCCUCUUCACCCCGUCGACCUUCUCCAAAUGUGUGACCGCCAGUGUGUCAGCCAGUGCCUCCAUGACCCAGCAGCUUCUGUCCGGCCGAACACCUCCGCCCAAACCUUUCCGGGUGACUAACGCUGACCGCAGCUUGAAGAAGGGCAUCAUGGCUUAUGCACUCGAUGACCUCAUCAACAAGGUGAGCGACUCCUUAAAUGUGCUGUGUGCCAGCGGACUGGUGCUGGAAGAAGAUGGCACGUGUGUGGACACACAGGAGUUCUUCAUGGCGCUGCCUCAGAACACUGUUCUCAUGGCGCUGGAGAAAGGACAGAAGUGGACCCCAUAUCAGAACAGCCCCUCCAGAGACGAGCUCAGCAAGCGCAGGCUGACUCCCCGGACAGAUGUGGUCAAGCUGACCUUUGACCUCUACAAGAACAACCCCAAGGAUUUCAUUGGCUGCUUGAAUGUCAAAGCCACGCUGUAUGGUGUCUAUUCGGUGUCCUACGACCUCCGCUGCUAUGCGGCCAAAAAUAUGUUGAAGGAGGCGUUGCGAUGGACCAUCUUCUCCAUGCAGGCCACAGGCCACGUCCUGCUGGGCUCCUCCUGGUACAUGGAGCAGCUUCUGGAGGAGGAGGAGGGGUUAGAGGAGAGAGGACAGAGGGCCCUGGUCUUUCCCCGGGAGAGCAGAAUUAGCAAGCUGCAGAACUUGCUGUUGGGUCGCGUCGCACACUGAGGUUGGACUCUGCAUGUCCGUUUUUCCUGCAAGAGCGUCUGAAACUGUUACAUUUCCCAGCUGAAGAGACCGCAGCUGCAACACCAUAAUCAAAUGUCAUCCUAUUGAGACGAGUGAAUAAAACGAAGCACUUUUAAUUUCAAACCAACGUUUUGAGCCUCUGGUCAUGAAUGGCAACAGGUCCAGCGGUCUCUCCCACGCUGUCUUAAUUGUCCCCAGCUUUCACUGUUCUGUCAGCUGCAGCCUGCUUGAGGAGCGCGGAAGCAAACCAUUACCCAGAGAUGUCCCACAGUCGGCUGCACACAAGUGUCACUUUGACCAUCUUAUCAAAGAUGGUGUCAAAAUCUGGACAGGUCUUUGACAAAUUGUCAGAAGUCCUACUCCUUUUUUAAUGUACCGUAUUUUUCGGAGUAUAAGUCGCACCGGCCGAAAAUGCAUAAUAAAGAAGGAAAAAAAACAAGUCGC